AUGGCAGGAUUUGGCGGAGACUCAUGGAUGACCGACCAUGAUGCGUGCAUGCGAAUGGGUCAAACUAUCAUCGAAAUGAUAAACGAAAGAGACGGUCUGCAAAGGAAUGGAUCAAACUACUCAAAGAUCAAUGCAGAAAUCCGAUCCCGUAUCAGAAGGUAUCAACAGGAUAUCCAGUUACUGGAUCAAAAUCUCAAGAAAGCAUCAAGUUCAUUCCACUUAACCCAGAGGGAGGCAGACAGAAGGAGAGCAUUGGUCGAUAACCUGAAGGCCAAGGAGAAGAUCUUACACAACUCUUUCAAGCAAGACGUUUCAUUCUCGGCACCUGAAAGAACGAGCCUCCUGCCCAGUACCUCAGGCUUUGCUCAAGAUGGUUGGGGAGGUGUGAGCGAAGAAACAAGGAAUCUCUCUGUCAAUGAAUUGCAGCAAGAACAGCAAAGAAUACUUCAGGUACAAGACCAAGGUCUAGAUGAGCUGUCGGCCAUCAUCAACAAACAGAAGAGACUAGGACAAGUGAUCGGAAAUGAGGUGGAUGAACAUAUUGGCUCAAAGAUCAAGAUGAUUCGCAGCAUUUUGCCCUGA